ACAAGUAUAACAGCAGAAACUGCAAAAGGAGAGAUAGAGAGGGUUUGUUUUGUUCUUAUUGUUUGUGUGAUUGAGAAGAAGAGAGCGUGAAGGAGAAGAAGAGAGAGGAAUGGGUUCACCGACAUCAAGGAUUGUGUUCCGUAUUGUGGUGGUGGCGCUUCUGCUUCUUCUUCUCUUCUACAUUGGUCGCCCUCUGUAUUGGAAAAUCUCCGCCACCGUCCACGACAUCCGCAACAACAAGCAAACUGUCAGACAAGGUCUUUCCCAAAUCGUCAUUGAGGCUCAGAAAUCGGUCGGUUGGUAUCACGAUGAGUCCGACUCAGGGGUUCGUGCUAACUACCGAAAACUGCUUCUUCAUAAGCCCAUUUCCACAGUUUUUGCUUAGUUAUAGUUAGAUAAAUACAUGUCACUCAAGAUUUUCUUUCUGUUCUUUUUUUUCUCCUCACGAUUCUGUGAUUUGCAUAUCUGGUUUUUGUCUUAUAUGGACAAUAAUGAGGUAGACGAAUCUUAUCUUAUUCAAUUGCAUAAUGACCAUCAUAUUCUAGAUUUAGGGGCUUU